AAGAUUAAUUAGAAUUAAUUAAAUUUAAGAAAAGUGAAUUUUUGCCUUUCCCUCAUCUAUUAUUAGAGACCUAAAACAUGAAGUAUUUGACAAAAUACAAUUUAAAGGAGGAGGAAGCACAGACACUAGAAAAUCUCUCGCAAAAAUCCCAACCCUAACCCAAACCGUUCUUCUUCUCUCUCUCGCUUUCUUUUUUCAAUUGUUCUGCUUUUCCGGAAAUCGCGAUCGGAUGUUCUAACUGAGACACCUGCGUUGUAGAUCUGAUUAGGGCAGAAGAUUUAGUGCUCUUGAAAGUUUGUUAGAGAUAUUUGAUGGAUGAUGAUAAUACAGGUAGAUAAAAUGUCUGCUCCUUCUUCAAGGGAGCGUGCUCAGCAGCUGUAUGAUAAGAUAAAUGAGUUGGAGAAUAAGCGUCGGAGGUCAGCCCAGGCUCGAAUUCCAUCAGAUCCAAAUGCAUGGCAGCAGAUUCGGGAGAAUUAUGAGGCAAUAAUUCUUGAAGACCAUGCAUUUUCUGAGCAGCACAGUAUUGAAUAUGCCUUGUGGCAGUUGCAUUAUAAGAGAAUUGAGGAACUAAGAGCACAUUUCAAUGCUGCCCUUUCGUCUUCCGGUCCAAAUUCUGCUCAAAAUGUGAAGGGCCCCACAAGACCUGAUCGAGUGACAAAAAUAAGGCUGCAGUUCAAGACUUUUCUAUCAGAAGCUAGUGGUUUUUACCAUGAUUUAAUAGUGAAAAUCAGAGCAAAGUAUGGGUUGUCUCUGGGUUAUUUCUCUGAGGAUUCAGAUAACCAAAGCUUCAAGGAGAAAGAUGGAAAAAAGUUUGCUGAAGUGAAGAAAGGUCUGAUAUCCUGCCAUCGUAGUUUGAUAUACUUGGGUGACCUUGCACGUUACAAAGGAUUGUAUGGAGAGGGUGACUCAAAGACUCGUGAGUUCGCUGCAGCUUCGAGUUACUAUAUGCAAGCUGCUUCUCUUUUGCCAUCUAGUGGGAAUCCUCACCAUCAGCUUGCAAUUUUGGCUUCUUAUUCGGGGGAUGAAUUGGUGGCUGUUUAUCGAUAUUUUCGUAGUCUUGCAGUGGAUAGUCCCUUCUCAACUGCGAGAGAAAACUUAAUUGUUGCAUUUGAAAAGAACCGCCAUAGUUAUUCUCAACUCUCUGGGGAUGCUAUUGCACGAGGAUGCAAGGAUUCCCCUGUGAAAUUAUCUGGCAAAGCUAGAGGGAAAGGGGAGGGAAAGCAUGUUUCCAAAGAUCCAAAUGCUGAAUCUAAACCUGUCAAGGAAGGAGCAUCUAGUAGUCAAGAGAGAUAUAAAUCAUUUUGUGUCCGGUUUGUUCGUCUAAAUGGCAUUCUCUUUACUCGCACAAGCUUGGAAACAUUUGCUGAAGUUCUUUCGUUGGUGAGUGGUGGCAUGCGCAAGUUGCUGUCAUCUGGGCCAGAAGAAGAGCCUACUUUUGGUGCAGAUGCUGUUGAGAGUGGACUUAUAGUUGUCAGGCUUGUGGCCAUUCUUAUAUUCACAGUUCACAAUGUGAAUAGGGAAUCUGAGGGUCAGACAUAUGCAGAAAUUCUACAAAGGAAUCUUCUUCUAAUGAAUGCAUGCAUUGCUGUUUUUGAGUUGAUGAGCCACAUAAUGGAAAGAUGUGUGCAGCUGCAUGAUCCUUCUUCAAGUUUCCUCUUACCUGGCAUUCUAGUUUUUGCUGAAUGGUUAGCUUGCUGUCCAGAUGUUGCAGCUGGUAAUGAUGUGGACGAUAAACAUGGUGCUAUUAGAUCAAAGUUUUGGAACGUCUUUAUAUCAUUUUUGAACAAGCUCUUGUCAUCUGGUUCAGUGUCCAUAGAUGAUGAUGAAGAUGAUACUUGCUUUAAUAACAUGAGUAGGUAUGAAGAAGGAAAUACUGAAAACCGCUUGGCUUUGUGGGAGGACUUUGAGUUGAGAGGUUAUGCGCCACUUAUUCCUGCUCAAACCCUUUUAGAUUUUUCCAGAAAACAUUCAUUUGGAAGUGAUGGUCAGAAAGAAAGAAAGGCCCGUAUGAAAAGGACUUUUGCAGCAGGGAAGGCUCUUGCCAGUGUUGUCAGGGUUGAUAAAAAAGCAAUCAGGUUUGAUUCAAGGCUAAAGAAGUUUGUUAUUGGUGCUGAUCCUGAAAUUAUGGAUGACAUGGUACAUGCAUUUUCAGGCGUUCCGAAUAGGGAUAAUAAUCUAGGACAAGAAAAUCAAGCUGCUGACAAAGCAACAAAUAUGGCAAUUUCACAGACCAACAGGCACCUUCUUAUAGAAGGAGAUGAGGAGGAUGAAGUAAUUGUCUUCAAGCCAAUAGUGGCCGAGAAGCGAUCCGAAGCUGCUGAUUCUAAUUGGGCUACAUAUGAUGGUCUGAAGUCUAUUCAGAAUGCUUCUGCAGGUGAUGUGGCCUUUAGUGGUAGUUCCAUUUCAGCCCUUCCUGAUAAUAUUUACCAUCAGACAGCUUUUGAUGGUCAUCCCCUAGCAUCUGUGCCUGUUAGUAAUGCUGUUCCCCAACAUUUUCAACCAGUUCAACCUUAUGUAUCAAAAUGGAUGAUGGGAGAAGAAGCUUUUCUUGCUAACAACUUAAAUGGUUUGAGAUUAAUGGGGAAUGGACAUUUAGUAAAAUCUGAAAUCCAAGAAAAUCAUCCUCCCAUGCCUUCAGUUCCAGUUCAACAGUCUUUCAAUGUUACUAAUGGCAGUGCUUUUUACAAUAACACAAAAGCAGCUCCAGAUACUUUAAUCCCAUCCAUGCAUGAUAUCUUUGCAUCUUCUGGAGCAAUCACAAAUAGUUUUUCUGUAAAGACAUCUGCUGCUACAUCCACAGGUUUGCGAAAAAAUCCCGUAAGUCGUCCGAGCAGGCAUCUUGGCCCCCCUCCUGGUUUUAGCCGUGUUCUUCCUAAGCACGUGAAUGAAUCUGUUUCUGGUUCUGAUCUGGCAAGUGAAAGUCCCAUCAUGGAUGACUAUAGUUGGUUAGAUGGAUAUCAGGUGCCCUUGUCCACAAAAAGUUCUGGCCUCAAUAAUUCAAUUAAUUAUCCUUCAAACCCACAUUCUGUCUCCAUUAGCAAUGGCUUGUCUGGAACUAUGAACUUCCCUUUCCCUGGGAAACAGGUUCCAACCAUGCAAUUCCAAUCAGAUAAGCAAAAUGGAUGGCAAGAUAGCUCAAUGCUUGACAGUCUUAAAUUACAACAUGAACAGCAGCUGCAGCAACAGCAACAACAAGUCACUAAUGGGAAUCAGCACCUCAAUCCACCACCAGAGCAAUAUCAAGGACAGUCUGGCUGGACCGGUCGUUACUUUGUGUGAUGUCAAUACAGGAGUAUAAAUGGGUUCUGAGAAUUGUUCUGGUAAUUACUGCAUCCUUUUGCUGCCAAUUUUAAACUCCAAAUUUGAAGCCUUAUCAGUGUUGAAGUUAAUGGAGGUUUGGUGGCCUUGGCUUCGUGCAGGAAGUUGCUAGUACACAGAUUUCAUUGAGCUUUCAUGCUCUCGGAAGGGUGAAGAAAUACAGAGAUCUGAAUCAUGAUGCGAAACUCCUAAGAAGUGUAAGCAUUUUAUCUGGGGUGAAUUAAACGUGUUUAAUAGUAAUGCCAUCCGUUGGUUUUGGGGCUGAUGUCUCCGGCAAUUUGGUGGAAUAAAAAUGGUGUACUCACCGUUCCUAUCUAUUAAACUCUUGAAUCAGUGUUAGCUAUCAAAAUUGGUAUUGCGGGUGGUUCCUUAGGUGGCAACUGAUAAUGGUUGGGUUAAGCUAUACCAGAGUUUUGUGGCAGAAAGCUUUGGGGAAAAGCUGAGUUUGGCUUGGUUAAUGGAAACUGGUACUAGGUGUUUAGAAAUGGGAUAAAAAUUGUGAUAGUGACACUGAAAAAUGGUAAUAUUUGGUGAUGAGUAUUUUAGUCGUGGUAUGUAUAUGGUCGUCGUUGUCUCGCAGUUUAAGACUUGUUUUAAAGCUAAAUCAUUAGUGACGUCUAGUCAAGUCGAGUUUCCCAAUCAAACAUUGCAGUUGUGAAAAGAUAUAUUAAACAUUGCAGUUAUGAAAAGGCGCAUGAAACUGUCUUGUGUUUCUUUUCUGGCCUUUUCUUUAUUAUACUUAAUAAUUGAAGUUUAAAAAUCAGUUUCAUUAUUUUCAAAA